AUGGCGGAGCCUAAUGCAAAGCGUGCCCGCCGAGGGGACAGCGCAGCUGCAUGGGAUGCAACCGAGACCCGACCCCGUGCCUCAGACCAAGAGUCAGACCGAGACCGCAGGCGCUCACCCGCCCCGCGAGAUGACCGACGUGAUAACCGGCAUCGCUCACGCUCACGAGAACGUAAUGACAGAAGGCGAGAACGGAGCUGGUCUCGAGAUCGCCGCGACCGACGAGACGGGGAUAGGGACCGGAAGAGAAGCAUCAGCCGGGAACGCAAUUAUGAACGACGUGCACCGGCACCGAAAAGCGUUAAGUUCCGCGACCGAUCACGAUCGCGAUCCCCGGGUCGCAACGGUAUGCGGGCUCGAUCACCCCCGCGGGGUCCCAAGGGUGAUCGCAGAGAUCCUCGGUCGCGGGAAGAUGCGCGGAAGACCAAUGGUGCGCAAUCUGCGGAUCACUAUGAAGACGAGAUGGAUUUGGACUAUGACUCCAACGCAGACGAGGAUGAGAUGGAGGCACAAAUGCGCAAGGCGAUGGGCUUCACCCGAUUCCGAACCACCAAGAACACCAAAAUUCCCGGGAACGACAUCUACGGUGUGCGCAAGGAGAAGAAGAUUGAGUACCGACAGUACAUGAACCGCCAGGGUGGAUUCAACAGGCCUCUCAGUCCCUCGCGAUGA